CGAAUGGCAAACGACGCCGCAGUCGCCAGGUGAGCCAACGGCAGUGCGCGGCGAUCUCUCGGCAGCUCGUGUUACAAAACUACAUUUUCUCAUUUAUUUACUAAUAAAUAAACCGCGUUGAUAGUUAAUAAGUUGAUAUCGAUAGUUGAGGAAGGUGAAUCGACUUCGGUGUAACGUGUGCAGUGACAUUUUUUGAGUAAAUCUGUGAUUUAUGAAAUUUAAUCGGAAAAAUUUGGAAAAUGGUGCAUUAAGUACAGUUAUUUCAUGAGCAACAAGUGUUGGGUGCUUGAAUUUACGGUGUGCUAACUCCAUAACCUCAAUUGAUUUUAACGUAUUCGGGGGGGAAAUUAAUUGUUCGCGAGUGAAAUGAGAGUGACGAGUUGAGGAAAUAUCGGUACAACGGAGAGUGGAAGUUUCACCGACGGCCUGGAUUCGAGAGAUAUACGGAUUCCUGCGCGUUAUCAUCUGUGAUUAUAUUUUAGGUGUUGAUUUUUUUUUUUUGUUGUUCCUGGGUUUUUAGGAGUUGUUUAUUUGGCGAGUGAAUCACGUGAAGUUUAGUAGAUCGGGGAGCGGUGGGGCUCGGCGCUGGUGCGCCUGGAGGGCGAGAUUUGAGGUGUUUUUUGGAUUUUUGGGGAGUUCGACAGGAAGAUGCAGAUGAUGGGGGAAAAGGGCCCGACGCAUCUUGUCGCGCUGUAUGUGGCGACCGCUGGACUUCAGGGUAAUGCACUGGGGAGUGAUGAGGAGGAGAUUAUUUUGAUGGUGUAUGUGCUUAUUGAUGCGCUGCAAAAUAAGGUUAUGGGUCAGCAGCAGUACAUUGUUCAACCAUGGUCAAUGGCUCCAAAUGCCAAACAGACAGAAGACGAGAAUGGUUCAACGACAGUUGAGGGUAGUGGAGUUAGUGAAAUAGCGUUGGCACACGCACCAAGUUUAGAUGAACAAGUCCUGCGGGAACGGGGGAUUCCCCUUCAAACUGCCAUUCAACAGUUUGAAACUUGGUGGUCAUCCCUGACAUGCGUAUCCGCCGGAAGUCCGCCUCGUUUCGUCGUCGAUGGCCAAGCACCCCUCCGUCAAUGCCUUCACCCAGAGUGCUACAAGAAGGAUCUCGAUUUACCAGAGCACUACAACGUAUUUCACGAUUUGAGAAAAGAAUUCACCGCGUGCUACUCGUCCCAGGGAGAAUUGGCGACCCUCAGCAUACAGGAGAUGAUACAAUAUUUUGGAAUAGCAGCUGAUGUAGAGAAUGAUUUUCACGUUAGGGAGGUUCAGGAUAUGAUUAAUGUUAUUCAGAGGAUGAUCAAGGAUGGCCACGUAUUCCAGAAUCCUGAAGUUAUAAAUCUUGUUUUGGAACCCGGUAUAUGUUCCAAGGAUGAGGAAGUAGACAAUAAUUGUGUAGUAAGAGCACGUGGAUUACCUUGGCAAUCCUCGGAUCAGGACAUUGCUAAGUUUUUCAGAGGACUGAAUGUGGCCAAGGGUGGAGUUGCGUUGUGUUUGAGCCCUAUGGGCAGACGUAACGGCGAGGCACUUGUACGUUUUGUGAGUAAAGAACACAGGGACAUGGCGUUGAAAAGGCAUAAGCAUCACAUUGGCUCCAGGUACAUCGAAGUGUACAAAUCAUCUGGCGAAGAGUUCGUCAGAGUUGCUGGUGGUGCGAGCGGGGAAGCUCACGCUUUCUUAUCCAGAGGAGCUCAAGUCAUCGUCAGAAUGCGAGGACUACCAUAUGACUGCGUAGCUAAACAAGUUAUUGAAUUUUUCGCCAACGGUCAAAAUCCUUGUCAGGUGUUGGACGCUGAGGAAGGUGUAUUAUUCGUGAAAAAGCCAGAUGGCCGAGCAACGGGAGAUGCAUUCGUCUUAUUCGCUAAAGAGGAAGAUGCUGAGAAAGCUCUGAGCAAGCAUCGCGACUGCAUUGGCGUCAGAUACAUUGAACUCUUUCGCAGUACAACGGCAGAAGUGCAACAGGUAUUGAAUAGAGCAAUUGAUGCUAAACCACAGCCUGAUAUUCCACCGAUGUUGCCGCUGCCACCGCAAUUGCUUCCUCAAUAUGUCAUCACGUCGGGAACGAGAAAAGACUGUGUUAGAUUACGUGGACUACCUUAUGAGGCUCUUGUUGAGCACAUCCUGGAGUUCAUGGGUGAAUACGCUAAACAUAUUGUUUAUCGUGGAGUUCAUAUGGUUUACAACGCACAGGGUCAACCCUCGGGCGAGGCCUUCAUCCAAAUGGACAGUGAGAAUUCAGCAUUUGCCUGUGCGUCCCAGCGUCACCACCGCUACAUGAUAUUUGGCAAAAAGCAGCGUUACAUCGAGGUAUUCCAGUGCAGUGGUGAUGACAUGCACUUGGUGUUGACUGGUGCUGCACCACUGCCCGCUAAAUCGCUGCUGUCAUCCGAUGAAAUACUGAUGCAGCCACCGAGUUAUCCACCGGGUCCGAUAUUUCCACCUCAGACGGCGAUGAUGCCCCAAGGGUUACCCCUUCUGGCACCCCCGCCCUUUCCAACGGUCGUCUGUUUUCCGUAUGCAUCGCUUUCACCGUCAAUGGAUCCUUGGCAUCACCGAGUUCAUGGACCCACUAACUGCGUAGCUGACGUAGGGGUGCAUGCAACAGCCACGUUUGGGCUGUUGGACAGACCAAUGGGGUCCCUCCUGCUAAAUCGUGAAGAUAUGGAUCAGCGCCAACAGAUGCUGACGCUCCAGGCCGCCAACAUCUAGAAUUCUCCCAUCAUCUAACAUUGAAUGCUCCAAAGAAUUCAGUUCGAUUAAUCCUCUCUCUUCCCUCCGCUACCCCCCCCUUUUUUUCAACCCCACGCCCAGUCGCCACUCGAGUAGCGAGCACUAAUGAAUUAUCAAUGAGUAAUCAACGAAGCGAGAAAGUGACAGAGUAAUCGAAGGAUUGAAUCCUGCCCUGUAGUCCCUGACGUGUUUAAGUAACACGAUCUUUCUAGUCUAGAGACGAAACCAAACUGUUGCACUUUCCCUUCAAUCUAUUAUCUACAGGCUAAAUAAAUGAAUAGAUUAUUCAGAAACUGUCCUCCACUUGCGAGGUUAAAUCAGCAGUGAUGGGGUAAAACGGGAUAGUUCAGUUGGAUUUUAGAUUAUUGUUUGAUAAAUAAUUUGGAUCCGUAAAAUUGCGAAAAACAUUUGCAUGAAAUAUUUAGUAUAAAAAUGCAGUAAAUGGGAAAAAAACCCUCUUCACUUUUUUUUUUAAUUGUCUAUUUUGUUUUAUUUGUUUAAAGCUUUUUUUCACUAGCAAGGGCUUUCGUAUUUCUUUUUUUCAUGUUGUUAGAGAUGUGGAUUCUUGUAUUCACUUUAUUUUCUGGGGGACAUUUACCAAAAGCCGAUUCAGACAUUUUUGAUAGAUUUACGGAUAUCUGCGUUAAGCCGGGCUAAUGAUGGCGCCAUUUCGGUGGCUAAUCUCAAAGACGUCACAUGUUGGUAACAAUAAGACCGUGAACAACACGGAUAGAAGAAUUCGGUUGAUGUUAAGGAAUUUCGGUAAUUAUUACCGAAUGUCGUUGCUGAAUUUGAAGAACUCGAUAUUCGUUAAUAGUUACCGAACGAUUCAGUUCAAUGAAUCAUUCGGUAACAGUUACUGCAUCGGGAAGAUUACGCACUUUCUUUGGGACAUAUUAUGAUUUCUUGCCGAAAAUUCUAGAGAAAUUGUAAUUAAGUUGGACGGAAAUUUUAUAGAAAAAUUUUGCAGCUUUAUCGUGUUAAUUGACUUUCAUAUCUCUAUUGUAAUUUUUGAAUAUAAAUCAGAGAAACGAAAAUUUAUUUAUUUUUAAGCAGAUUCUAUUAAAAUUAUAUUUAUUCAUUUUUUUUUAUUUCUAUUAAAAAGAUUUUCAAUAGUUUCAAACCAAAAAUAUAACUUGGAUUGAUUUGAAGGAUAAUUUUUUCGAGAGAGUGUUUUUUUCUAUUGAAAGUUUAAUUUUUGAAAAUAUCUUUAGGAAUAAAUCACGUAGGAAAAUGUAAUAAGAAUCCACGAUAUUUAUCAAACACUAAUCACAAAGGGAAAUUAUCUCAACUAUUUGUCCCCAUUUUUUCCUAAAAAAAUCAAAGAAACACUGAACACUCCGACCUUUCAAAUUGAUUAAUUGAUUAAGUGACACAGCAAAUAUUACAAGAGUCUUCCCAUGAGAAUCGACAGUAAAAAAUAUUCAUAAUGUUUAUUUCACUAAUGGAAGAACAAUCAUGUACAUAUAUAUACCCAUGCUAUUGCCAUUUGUUUUAAAGUACUACUACUUUACAAUAAUUACCGAAGUGCAAUAAUGGUAAAUGUCGUGACAAUCCACUGAACUGGGACACGUAAACACAAAAAAAUGAACAAAAAAGAGACAUUUCGUUAACUAAGAUCCCGUGAUUUUUAGUAUUUAAGUAAUCGAGUGAUUCACUAACGAAGAGGCAAACCGAAGUCAGUUUUGACUGUUGAUUAAUUUCGAGUAAAUAUCUAGCAAUUUAACAAAGAUGACACAAAUUUUAUUUAAACUUUUUUCAUGGAGCCAAUUGAGUGCUACAAUCAAUGUAAUUGGCGAACUCUCCGCAAUUUCUUUUAGAUCCAAAAGUAUUUUAUAAGAUCGAGUUUGAGAAGAAUCACUUUAGUGCGAUUUACCUCUUCGCUACUGAACUGAAUCGUUAAUAAUAGUGAUUAUAAUUGAACAAAUAUUUUAUUAUUUGAGAACAACGAAUGCUUUACAUAUCUGAAAACUCGAUUGCAAUGUGCAAACUAUUGGUGCAGAAGCUUCAAUGUACCUUGUGCAAUAUUUAAAUAGGGCCGUUUCAUAUUUGAAAAUUGUCAUGGACAUUUUAUAUUUACUGUCAUUUCAUUGAUGACAUGUGUUUUCAAUUAGACGACAUUUCAACUGCUCAAUUUCAAUUAUGAAAUAGUGACUAAUUUUGUAUGAUCUGCUAUAUCGUUUUUAAUAUUGAGGAGCAAUUUUUUAUUAAUGGUACAGUUUAAAACAGAUGUACCUCCAGACUGAGCCACACGACUUUCAAAAAAUUUUAGUUUUUCAAUUUUACAACUAAAUUGCAUGAGAAAAAUUUAAAAAAUAUAUAUAUUUUCUCACUUUAUUUGUAUCAAAUGCAUCUGAAAGAGAAAUUAGCUCUUUGAGCGGAGCUAUGAGUUUAGAGUGCUACAAAUUGCAGUUGACACGUCGAUAGUUGGAAACACAUAUUCAUUUCAUUAAUCUUGAAAAACUCGAAUUAAAAAUUAAGUUAUAAUGGAAAAUGCUCAACGAUGACAUCAUUAUCUCACUGAUAUAUCAUUUUUAUUUUUUAUUAUCUAAAUCGCAUGAUCGGCCUGAAUAUGUGUAAUGAAACCACUAAUUUAUACAUAAAUAUAUAUAGAGUUGUAUAUCAUAUUAAUAUAUUUUAUAGAGAAUAUAGUUAGCCAAAUAAAAAUGACAAUAUUGUUCAUGAUUGCGUUAUUAAUAGCGAUGUAAUGAGAAUUUUAUUAUGGAACUGAACCGAGCUGGAGUGAUUGGUGAGUCGUUGCUAUGUAAAAAUUUGUUUUAUGUAAUUUUUAAGGAGAGUAUAUUAAUUAAUUAAUACGUGAUGGAUGAAGCAGUGAUGGAGUGGUAGUCGCAACUGAACAAUUGACGAGAAUGCGAAAUAAUGAUCAAAAGAAUAUCCCGAAUUUUUUUUAUUAGAAAAUUUAUUGAAAAUAAACAUUUCGAAUGUUAUUUUCCAAUUUCAAAAAGCGUACUUGAUGGUUUUCCAUUUUGUAAAAAUUGAUUUUUUAUCUUGAAGUUAAUCGAUAUUAAAAAUCGGAGGCCGAUAUUGAAAAAGAAUUCGAGGAUUGGCUCGAAAUAAGUCUAUAUACUUUAUCUUGUUAAAAUGUAAAAAAAUAAUAAAUUGAGAAGAUGUUUUUUUUUUGUUUCGUGGAAUAAAUGAAUAGGUCCAAUCAAUCAAUGUAUUUAUUUCCAUCAAUAAAAUUACUGAAAAGCUUGAAAAAUGGA